AUGCCUCCAGCACCAGUGUCACCAACCUUCUCCCUGCUAUCCACAUCCACCCCAGCCACCACCCCGAGCAGCGAUUCCCAGGCAGCAUCAUCCGCUGCAUAUGGGUCCCAAAGCCUCGUCUUUUACAUCUGCGCCAUGGUGGGAAUGCUGCUUAUCUUGACUGUCGGCGUGGUCCUCUUUCGGCUCUUCGCCUACCGGCUGCUGUGGUUCCCCAGCAUCGGAGACCUGUCAAGCAACCAUCCCGACUUUAGCACCGCGGACCCUCCCCGGAUUUUCGACGCCAAACAGGUCUUGCUCGACGAAAAGCGCGCGACGGACGGCCAUUGGGACCACGUUAUGCCACUCUGGGCCUCAUACGAAGCCGCUGCGCCAACUCAGGCUGCCGCGGCCCGGGCGCCUCACCGGCCUCCCAGCCCACUCUGCAUUAAGGCUCAGAAUUCCCCAUCAUCGCGCCAUCUUGCCGUCGGCCUCCUCGUGACAAUGCCCACGCCGACAGAUUCAAGCUGGGAGCCUCCUUUGGAGCUUGCAGUGGCCGAAAUCAAUCUUCCGGUCGCUCGCCUGUCCGAGCUUCGUCGCUCGAUGGACUCCGAGGUGUCUCACUCCGAGCCACAACUCCACGUUGGGGCCCCCUUGCACCUCUAUCGGUAA